ACCCCGCCGGGAUCAAAGGAUGCUCAUGUGACAGACAACCUCGACACACAUAAAAGCGGGAGAUUCACUUUUCCCGCAUCACUCUUCCAGGAGACUCUACUACGGGUGUGCAACGACUCUGUCUGAACCAAUACUUCUGUGGUAAAACAUGGAGUUUGUACGCUUGACGGUUCUCUGUAUGCUGGCCAUGGUAGGGAGUCUUGGGUUCCGGGCAGCACGUGCGAGCGCGGUGCCGAAGUGUCGGUGGGUGUGCGACGAAGAGCCGCGCAGAGACAGCAGACUGACAUACCACAGUGAAAUGGAGAUGAACGAAAGGGAACAACCGAGACGCCUGAGGGUCGACCCCUACCCGUACCCCCCGCAGCCGUCCCAGCAGAACCACAGGGUGGCUUUCUCUGUUGCACGAACGACCCCUAUCGGCCCACUUCCGAACGACACCAUCCUGCCCUUCGACUUCAUGUUCAGUAACGCCGGUGGAGCGUUCGACAUGGAGACGGGCAUCUUCACCGCCCCUGUUAGUGGCACGUAUUUCUUCUCGUUCCGCGGCCAGAAGCGCUCGGCGCAGUACCUGAUGUACCUGGGCCUGUGGAAGAACGGGGAGGAGAUGGCCGGGGUGUACGAGGACAACCUGGACCCGCAGAACCCCUCUCCGAGCCCCGGAAACGCCUCCAACAACCUCGUGCUGCAUCUGUUCGAGCGGGACCAGGUGUACCUGAUGAUCAGUGACAACGCCAUCGCCUUCUCUACGGUGUUCGGCAAGUACGUGGGCUUCUCCGGCUUCCUGCUCUUCCCGGACAACCCUUAUGCAUAGAUAUAUGGACUACGAGGAACAGUAGCUUCCAGAAACGACGGCGUUUUUAUUAGUAUUUUUCGGUAAGAACGAUUUCAGAAACCAAUCGCCAUAUCUCUGAAAACUGUCAAGGCAACAUGUUAAUGUGAUGAAGAGUCGAGGAAAAGCUAUUGCAGGAUCCUCAUAUAGUGCUGUUGCUACAGAUUAAGAUAGCUCAUAGUUUCCUGCUCUUUUGUUGCAGCUUAUUGCUAUGUAAACGUGUUUUGUUUUUUCUGUUUUCAGUCCGAUGGUCCUAUAUCUUACAAUUUAUGUAGAUACAACUGCAGUUCAAAUCUUUGGUCCACUGUUCAGAAAGAAUGCACGUUGACAUUUACUUUAUUUGAAUUGCAACAGGGACAAUACAAUGUGGGCACUAGGCAGCUAACUAGUCGGUAGUAACUUAUGUACUUCGUAAAAGAUGAAUGAAAGUAAGCAGUGUCCGUUUUGAUGAAUAGGAUUUUUUUAUCAACGUAUUUUGUAUCCCUUUAUAUCACGUACAUUUUGACGAGAACAACGCUUUGUAUUGCCAAGUAUUUCAAAAUAAUAAACUGGUGACAGCACUUGUAA